AUGUAAUCCUUGAGUAAGCUAUAAGGGCGGGUUAAAUCAUGUGUUUAUAAAGUGGGUGUUUGAAUUUAUUCAGUUUGAAGAACGAAGGCGGUGUUGGAUUAUUUUUGAUGGCCGCACAAUAUAAAACUAUUCAUCCCGUGAAGUACUACCGCGAAUACUUGGCUCACGACGUGCGGCCGGACGGUCGCGGACUGCUAGAGUUCCGCGCUGUUGCCGUGAAUGUGGGCUCCAUCGGCACGGCUGAUGGGUCGGCCAUCGUGAAGAUUGGCAACACCGUCGUGACUUGCGGAGUGAAAGCUGAGCUGACGGCGCCGGCGGCCACGGAGCCUGGCGCGGGCUGGCUGGUCCCCAAUGUGGAGCUGCCCGCCCUCUGCUCCCCGGAGCUCCGCCCCGGCCCGCCCGGCGACCGGGCGCAGGCCGCCAGCCACUUCCUGGCGGAGCUGGUGCGCAACUGCGGCUGUGUGGACCCGCGCCGGCUGUGCGUGGCGCCGGGUCGGCUGGCCUGGGUGCUGUACUGCGACGUGGUGUGCCUGGACCUCGACGGCUCUCUGCUGGACGCCUGCACGGCCGCGCUGCUCGCCGCCCUGCGCACCGUGACCUUGCCGCGAGUGCAGUACGACGGCGACUCGGAGGAGACCUCGGUGCUGCUGGACCAGCGGGAGUCCCUGGACGUCCUCGCCCACCCGGCGGCCACCACCUACGCCGUGUUUGACGACGACACACUGAUCGCGGACCCCACGGCGGAGGAGGAGAGCCUGUGCAGCGGGCUGCUGACGGUGGUGGUGGAGGGGGGGCAGCUGUGCUCGGUGCACAAGCCCGGGGGCAGCCCCCUCACGCACGAGCAGCUGCAGCGCUGCAUCGCGCUGGCGCACCGGCGCGGCCGUGCCGUGCACAACCUGGUGCGGGCCGCGCUCUGCUCCCCGGAGCGCUGACGCUCCCACUCCACUGUCCCCUUCACAUGUAAUAAAUAUGUACUGAUAUCACUGUG